AUGCCAAUACCUCUUAAAAAUGUACUUGAUGAGGCAGUGAAGAUUAUAAAUUUCGUAAAAUCUCGACCAUUGAGCACAAGACUGUUCACAAUUUUGUGUGAAGAUAUGGGAAGUAUGCACAAAUCACUACUUUACCAUACCGAAGUAAGAUGGCUUUCUCGGGGAAAAACACUUGUACGCUUACUCGAAUUGCGCAAUGAAUUGUACGUUUUUUUCACCGAUCACCCAUUUAAUUUACAGCUCAGACUUAGUGAUAAAAUUUGGUUAUUUCGACUUAGUUACUUGGCUGAUAUUUUUACAAAAUUGAAUGAAGUGAACUUAUCAAUACAAGGUAAAAUGACCACCGUUUUCACGGCAAAUGACAAAAUUCGAGCUUUAAAAAAAAAAAUUAAAUUUUGGGCUGUGUGUUUUUCUCAACAUAAAAUUGAUAGUUUUCCUUUGUUAAAGGAAUAUUUAGAAUCGAUUGAUGGUAAUAUUGAAGAUUUUGAUGAAAUAUAUGGCGAAAUUGAACAACAUUUAAAUGAAAUACUAUCGUCAUUAGAAAAAUAUUUUCCAGAAAGUAAAGACAUAGAAUUUAUCCAACGAUAUAAUUGGGUUAAAAAUCCGUUUUUAAUCAACGAUAAGCCCGAAGAUUUAUCUAUAACGGAGUAUGAAGAAUUUAUUGAAAUGACCACCGAUUCAUCUUUAAAAACUUUAUUUGAUAAAAUAUCAUUAACAGAUUUUUGGUGCAGUAGCAGUAUUACUAACGAAUAUCAAUCUCUGGCUAAAAAAGCUAUCUUAGCACUUCUUCCUUUCGCAACAACAUAUCUAUGUGAAACCGGAUUUUCAUCAUAUGCAUCAAUGAAAACCAAAUAUCGUAAUAAAUUGGAUGCUGAAGCAGAUAUGCGUAUUCAACUCUCGCCUAUCAAGCCAAAUAUAAAAAUACUGGUCAAUAAAAAAAGCCAACAUCACGGAUCACAUUAA